GGUGGGGGUGGGGGUGGAAGAGAGACAACCGAAAGGGAGGGGAAGCGGACCUAGCUCAAGUUCCCAGGGGAGAAGGCGGCGCACAGCGCGGGAGGAAGGAAGCCCCGGAGCUGGUUAAGUAGCUGUGGACCUGGUAGGAAAGAGAAAAUCCCUGAGACACUAUCAGGAAUGUCUUCCUUAAGUGGGAAAGUACAAACAGUUUUGGGUCUUGUAGAACCCAGCCAACUGGGACGCACCCUGACCCAUGAGCAUCUGACAAUGACCUUUGACAAUUUUUACUGCCCACCUCCUCCAUGCCACGAAGCCACCUCCAAAGAACCUAUCAUGAUGAAAAAUUUAUUUUGGAUUCAGAAAAAUCCCUAUUCCCAUCGAGAGAACCUUCAGUUGAAUCAGGAGGUAGGAGCCAUAAGAGAAGAACUGUUGUAUUUCAAGGCUAAGGGCGGAGGAGCCCUGGUGGAGAACACGACAACUGGACUCAGCAGGGACGUGCAUACACUGAAGUGGCUGGCAGAGCAGACUGGAGUCCACAUCAUAGCUGGAGCUGGGUUUUAUGUUGAUGCAACUCACUCUGCAGCAACCAGAGCCAUGUCAGUGGAGCAGCUUACAGAUGUCCUUAUUAAUGAAAUUCUCCAUGGAGCUGAUGGCACCAGCAUCAAAUGUGGAGUUAUUGGAGAAAUUGGCUGCUCCUGGCCUUUGACUGACAGCGAGAGAAAGGUACUUGAGGCUACAGCUCAUGCCCAGGCUCAGCUUGGCUGUCCUGUCAUCAUCCAUCCUGGACGGAAUCCAGGUGCACCAUUCCAGAUCAUCCGUAUACUGCAAGAAGCAGGAGCAGACAUCUCCAAAACAGUCAUGUCCCACCUUGACAGGUCUAUAUUUGAUAAGAAAGAGCUGCUGGAGUUUGCUCAACUUGGCUGCUACUUGGAAUAUGAUCUCUUUGGUACGGAGCUUCUUAAUUACCAGUUGAGCCCAGAUAUUGAUAUGCCUGAUGAUAACAAAAGAAUUAGAAGGGUCCAUUUUCUAGUGGAUGAGGGCUAUGAAGAUCGGAUUCUCAUGGCACAUGACAUACACACAAAGCAUCGAUUGAUGAAGUACGGAGGUCACGGCUACUCACACAUCCUCACGAACAUUGUUCCUAAGAUGCUCCUUAGAGGUCUGACUGAGAGGGUACUUGAUAAGAUACUCAUAGAAAACCCUAAACAAUGGCUGACUUUUAAAUAGGAUGGCUGCUGUUCACGAACCCAGACCUGGAGGAUACAAUGAGCAGAGAAUAGUUGGUGAUUUCAAAUCUACUGGAGACAUUAAUCCAGUCUACAUAGAACUGGUGACUGGUCACUUCUCUCCUAUGAGAAGCUGGAUAACUACCACAGGGAAAUCUCUGGUGGGGGCCACAGGGCUCAAGUGAGUCCCAUUGUCUUUCCUUAAUAAAAUAAAUAUAGAAGAGCAUGUUUCCAAACAGUAGUUUAAAACUAUAUCCCGUAAGAAUCAUUUUGGAUGUCUUCCCCAACCCUGACUCUGUGAUCUGCACUACUUGAGAAAAAUGAAAGUGUUUCUAGCUAAGUUGCCCCCUUCUGGAGCAACCUAAUGUUUCUUGUAAUAUUGAUGAUCCUACUAAUUACCCUGCUGUUCUUUAAUUAAUGCUUAAUGAAUAAGAUGGCAUUUUAAAAUCACUUUUGCAACAAGGGAAGUUAAAUUUUGAGACAUUUUUUUCCCAAAGGAGACUGCAAUAAAAUUACCAAUUCACAACAAUAAAGAAAUUUUGGAAGGUUACCUAUGUGUUUUCCACUUAUUUAUGUAAACAAAAUAUAUCAGUUUUUUUUCUGACUUUGGCUUUCUGGUCUCCAUUUUUACUGUUAACUAUGUUGUGUUUUUGAAAAUCUGUCUAAGAACGUGUAACAAUAGUGAAUUAUAAAAAAAUGCAAUUAUAAAAGUAAAAAUAUAUUACAUAAUAUAGUUUAAUGAAUCAUUACAGUUAUUAUAACAAAGGCCACAAUUUAAUUAAUUCAUGUUAUAAUGCAAAGAAAAAGAGAAAUGCUUGCCUUAUAUAUAGUCCUUUUAUUUCAUGUACCUUUUAUUUCUUUUUUCCUCAGGCCUAAACAGAGAAAAUAAUGCUUAUUUAUCUAAAGAAAAGGUCAGGUCUAUGGGAAAUGACAGUCUGUUUGUAAACACUACUCUUUAGAAGAGAUCCAGCCAUGAAGUUCUGUUCUAAUAAAGCCUUUUCAAAAUGUCAGUUAAAAUGCUUAAUUGAUGAACACGGUAGUUUAUAAGUUAAUCCUUUGAAUCCUCGAUAUGUGAUUUGGUACCCAAGACAAAUCUCUAAUCCCUUGGUUGCAAUCCAUAAGUAUAUGCUGUUAAAUAGAAGUUAAAAGUGGAGCAAAUCAUUGGUGAAUUACCUUACAUAUCAGAAGGGCCAAAUCAAAUUAGUCACUAUUCUUGAUGAAUGAUCUAAGUGUUUUUAUCAUAUAAAUCACGACAGUUACUCAGACCAAGGCAUUUAAAUACAGCAAACACCACCUUUAGAUGGGAACACCAUGCAUAACUCUUGGAAAAGUCAAGGUUUGCUAAACUAAAGCUAUUUCUGUUGAUCAUAGCUGAUCAAGCUCUCUGUAUAUUAGAACAAAAAGUACCAAAGUUGAGUGAGCCAAAAGAACAGCCCAGUUCCUUUAAAGGGAAAAAUGCAAAUGUCCUUCCCCAGUAAACCAAGCAGAUUUUUAAAUCUCUGGUUUUGAAAUCUACUUGUCAAAGAAUGUUUAAAGGCAACUGAAAGGGGAACAGAUUUUCCACUGUAAGAGGGGGAAUUGUGUGUGAGUAGGACAUGUUCAUAUGCAUUUUGAUCUUCCCCUUACACUUAAGAGAUGGCUCUUGGCAGUGUGUUUUAACUAGUGAGAAUGGGUUCGCACUACACUAUCAGCUUCAAUCCAACAGAAAGAAAAAUUAAUUGGCUGCUCAAAUGUGUAUGUUUCAUAACCAUUGUAAGAGAGAGCUGCUUGCUUCCUAAAGUCCUGUAUUAGUCGUCUGCCAAAGAAUGCAGAUAAAGUAUGGAUUGCAUAUGGAACACAGUUACCAUGGGAUCAACUAAGUCUCAUGUGUGACACAGGGCACUGGAAUCUACUGCGAUUUGACUUUCUGAAUAACUCUGAAAGAGAAGUCACCUUUAUUAUUUUGCUACUCUAUGUAUUGGUAUCAUCUAAAAUAUAUUUUGAUCUAAAAUAA